AAAAUAAGUCAGUCUGAAACUACUUAUAAUCAAUUUUAAAAAUCUAUUAAUUAAAAAUGAAAUUUUUAAACAUUUUAUGUUUAUUACUGUUGGGUUUAGUGUCCCUUACUUCGGCCCAAAAUUGUGAAGCCAGUCCAAGUAAUCCCUCUUGUUCUGGGGGUCGUAAUUGGGGUCGUUGGGGUCGUGGUUGUUCGGCUCGUAAUCUAUGGUAUUACAAUUCUAAUGCCAAUAUGUGUUUCCAAUUCGUUUACUUUGGCUGUGGAGGCAAUGAGAAUCGUUGGUGUAACCGUGCUGUCUGUGAGCAAAGAUGUCGUCGUCGUUAAGUUUGAUUGUUAUUCGAAUUUGAUUACUAUUUUAUCUGCUUAUCAGUGAAUAAUAAAUAAUAUAUUUGGCAAAUUUAAAA